UUUUAGUAAUACAACGCUAAAAGCACAAACCAAGAACUGAAUUAAACCUUUCUAGGUUGAGUAAAGGUAAACUAUAUACCCUAAUGGAAGGGGAAAAGUCUUUUUCUGGAGCACGUUUGGUUGAAGGCAAACUCGUUAUCCCAGAAAGCAGAAGGAAAGAUGGAAGCGUGAGGCAAAAAUUGCAAGUCAGGCCUGGAUAUAUUGCUCCAGAAGAUACUCCCCGGUACAGACCCGGCAGUGGUGGACUAGCUUUUUUGGAAAACCAGAUGCGAAAGCUGAAGCUGGAAAAUGAAAGCAAGGAUGACAAAAGAAAGCAGCAGGAGAAUAGUGAGAAGAAAUCUACAAUUUCUGUUGAUGAAAAAGGCAGGAAAUCUGAGGAAAUCGUUAAAGGAACGAUGGAGAGUACAGAAAAAGAGGAUGUGAGGCCGAUAAAAGAUCAAGCUCUUCCAAGACCGACAGAAGCAAAGAAAAAUAAGGAAAUGCGAAAUUUUGAAAAGAAUUCUUUGAAAACUUCUAGCAAAAGCAUGACUCCCGAAUGGCGAAGAUCGGCGCGACCAUUUCACCAGGAAGGUUCUGAGAAGUCUUCAAAACCGAGAGCAGCUGAUGACCAUCCACGAACUUCAAAAGGGAAGUUGAAACAGAGAAACGAAGAACAAUAUUCGAAAAAGGAGCGAAGUUUCCGUGGAGCAGGAAACAAAUGAAUGUUGGAGAAUGUGUUAGUUCGAUCGAUAGCUAGCACGUAAGCUAUAAUAACCAAGCAGAAGAUUCAUAAAUUAAUUGCAUGAGAAAGUUUUAUCUGUCAUAUCAAAACUGAGAUACGGGAGAAAUCAUGAGGUAUUUAGGGAUUCCGAAUCUGAUGAAAGAGCAGAGAUGCUUUGAAAAUGUCAAUAUUAAUGAGAAAUGAAAGAAAGAAUCAUAUGAGAAAGAAAUCCUCCAUGCAUUGGAAGAAAAUAACCUCGAUUGACUAUUGUUUAUAGAGAAGACGUCCUUUAUAUAUAAGCAUAAGGCUAUUACAUGAUUCUUUUUCCAUUGAAAUUACAAAGAUUUAUUAAGUAGCAUUUGUUAUUAUUACUGUAAAUUUCAUAGAGCUGCUCAUCACCACGACAACUCUUACAUAUUCCUAUUCUGGGAGGAUCAGAUUGAUUCAUA